GGGGGGGCGUGUCUCUGUGAGGUCACGGGGGCGAUGCUCAGCCAUGGGUCGGGCUGUGUGUGCUGCGUUGCUGCUGUUUGCCCGCGUCGGCCUCAUCCAUGGCGUGUGGAGGUUGGUAGGUCGAUUAUUACACAUAGAGAGAGAGAGUUUCUGCCGUCAAGGCCGCACUUUGAGAGAUGUGUCGACUAAGAACGCGACGUCGACAAAUGUGAGCGGAUGUGCCACACAAAAGGGAUAUUGGACCAAUAUGGAAGGCAGAGUCUUGUUCGACACACGUAACUCUAUUAAUCUGGAAUAUGAAGGAGACUCUUUCAUUCAAUGGGUUAUUCCAGAUUCAUGUGUUAUCAAUUCAUUAAGAACUCCCAAAGCUGUGUUACAUUGCAGUAAAAGUGGAAUGCACAAAAUUGAGUUACGUUUAAAGAAAAAGACACCGUAUGAUGAACCACGAUAUUUUCGCUUUGAGCAUGCCAUGUUCAGCUUUUUAUGGUAUAUGGUGAAAUUACCAGAACCAUUUAGAAAGAUCGGUACAGAAGAUGAGAAAUACAUAACAAGAGAUGCCCUAAGGAUAUGGAUUAUAGAUCCAGAAAAUGCUGUGGUAAGCGAGCUGAACAAAAAAGCCGAAUCACCUUGUUUGGUAUCUCGGGUACUCACCAAGGAGUUUUAUAGUCUUGGACAAGAGCUAAUUCUAACAAUGAAUCCUACUUCUCAUAUUUAUAAGUCAAUAUUCAAAUAUAAAAAAGGGUACUGGAAAGUUGAUAUCUACAAUAUAACCAAAGAGAUCAUUCUUACAAUUAGUGGAAAACCUGUGAUCUUUGAAGAUUUAUUUAUCAAGGAUUCAUUCUACAGCCUUGAAAACAGUGGAACAAUGGGUGAGGUGAAAAAAGGCGGAUAUCUUGCCCUGAAGCAGUUUCCAGGCAGAAAUCCACUGCUUAUAUACCAUCCCUGUUCUGAUAGCUGCAGCUUAAUUUUGACAGAAUUUGGAACAUUUUUAACCAACGAUCGUUUUAUUACUUCGGAGGAGCUAAAAAUUGUGCCCACUGAUUUAAAGCCAUUGAAUUUGCAGGAAGUAAGAGCAGCUGCUUUUCUCGAGAGUGAUAUUUUAUUUCUUGUUGGAGAUGCAGUUUACCUGAGACGCCCAAAAGGUUUUUAUUUGCAACUUGGACCUGAGAGUGGUCUGCCUACGGAAGGGUUAAUUGGCCUCUUGGGUAGAUCGCAUUGUGAUGCUGUGUAUCCAUUGAAGGCCGGAAAAAAAGUUUUGAUUGCAGUGUUAGUAUGGAGUCGGAAUUCAAUAUAUGUUGGAAACAUAAAUGCUACCUUUACCAGAUUUAAUGAACUCAAACAGUCGUUAUCUAUUCUGAAUAUGCCACUGGAUUCUAACAUAGACAUUGUAACAGUGGCAUUUGCUUCACGCCCUGUUGAAUUUUCAAUUCUUAUACAGGCUGUUUAUCAAGAUUAUAAAAGAUUGAUGUUAAUCAUUGUCAAUGAUGAAGAGAACAGAUGGAUAUUAUCUGCCAUGUUCUCCAAACUUGUUAAUGACUCUCUGCCUUUGAAUCCUCUUCACAUGGAAUUUAUUUCAUCAGCUUUGUCAUCUGUGUUUGUUUGGAACAAUAAUACAAUAUUUUAUAACCUCCAUGACGAUAAGAAGAAUGGAAAGAUGCAUGUAAAUCUUGACGAGAAUAUAAGCCAUGCAGCAGAAGGAAGCAUUAUCGAGCAAUUGGUUAUUGAUAGUAACUUGAAUAUUAUCAUUAAGAUGAGCAACAAUAUGCUGCUACAUGGUGUAGUUGGCUCAGAUGAACUGGUGAGGCUACAUGUGUGGGAGAGAGAAGAUGCAAAAGUUACCUUGUACUUAACCCUUCUGGAUCAGCUUUAUAUGAUUAAAGUAGAAGAUUUCAAAAUCCGACCAACCUUGUACCCUCUCAGUAUGGAAAAAAUUAGUUCCUCAUUGCAGACAAAAUCACCUCCGUGCCCAUUCAUCUACUUCCACCACAACAAAAAAUCACCUAUAUACAAUAUGGACAUGACAGAAGAGCUGACAUUCUGGGCUCAAAUCAUCUACGCAGACAAUUUUGGAGUAGAAGUAGAAGCUUUGAUUUUAAAUCACAAGCUUCUUGAACUAAACUAUCAAAUUAACUAUCAAUUGCAUGGAAGAUUUUAUGUAAACAAUAAGACAAUUACCCUGACUCACAACAAAGAUUACAGAAAAGCAAAAAAUUAUAUGGCAGCAAUAAAAUCAACAAGUGGAGUUUUAACUUUGGAAUUCCAGCCUUCUAUGGUUUCAAGUUCUUGCAUAAUUUCAUCUAACACAAUUUCGUUCAUAUCUGUGGGUUGUCCGCCAAGAAAACACAUAAAAGUACAAAGAGAUCACCCUGUAAAAUGUACUUUCCACGACAAACAAUCUUACAUUAUAUCACGGCAUCAUGUAACAAACAGCCUGAUUGAUAUUCUUGCAUAUUAUGACAAGCCGAGAUAUGGUUGCCCGAUGCAGAUUCACCACAAGAAGAGCUACAAGCCAACAAUAUUAUUGUAUAUUGGUGAAAAACUUAUUGAAAAAGUAAAUGUCCAGUAUGUUAUUUGGGAGAAAUAUAACAGAAAUGACUUCUCAUUUAAUGACAGCAUUAAGAAGGUUGUUUGCAACUCUAAAACAGAGUCUAUUUUAGUCAAGGAUCGGCCACACAAAAUGAACAAUUGGAAAGAGAGUAUUAUUAAUCCCUGCACUGAGUUUGAUUACCCGAACACAAGCUAUAUGACUUUGAAUUCAUCAAGUGACAGGUUCCUGACCUGGCCAACAGAUCAUAAUGCACUCUUCCUGUUUCACGUGAAAAUUGUGGACCCCAAUUUCAGUUUCUGUAACUUGACAGCCACAUUUGCCAUAGAAACAUAUGGAGUGAUUAUCAGAGAUGACAUCAUUUUGGUUAUUUCUCUGGUGUGGACCUUCAUAUUGAUUCUACUCUGCAUCUUUGGCUACAGUUACUAUAAGUAUAUUAAAAUCUUCAGAGGCAUGCUUUCCAAGCCUGCAAGCAAUGAACUCUAUGUUGGAUUUUAAGCAGACCAAAACUUCAGAGCCAAACUAACAUGAUGGAUGCCAACAAUCUCUUUAUUAGCAUUAAGAAUACUUAAGUAUGUAAUUGCUGACUAGCCAACAUGUGUAGUUAAAUACAGUAUUUGAAAGAAAUGUUGUUUGUUAUUAGUUCUUAAUAAAUUUGUUUGUUCCUGUUUACUUUUGUUGUGAAAUUUGAUAUAAAAUAAACACUGUUUGUUGUGCCAUGC